CAGUGAAAAUUCGGGUGAAAAUAACGAUAGUUUGUCCGCGCGCAAUGGUUGAGUCGGGGAGUGAGAGUGAGAGGGGGGGUUGAGUGGCAGUAGGCCAUGCUUGCCACCAACUUUUGCAAUAAAUGAGAAUCACAUCUACCGCCUCUUCUUCUUCUUCUUCUUCUUCUUCUUCUCUCUUUCUUUCCACUCCUUCAUUCUCGUUAUUUACUCUCAUUAAUUAUCAACUUCUUUCACUUCCCUACUUCUCAAGGAACUUCCUCAACUCUCCACUACUCUCAGUCUUAUCUCUUUCCUUCCAUCCUUUUCAUGGAGAUUGGAGUUGGUGAUGCAUCACACUCUCUUUUGCUUUAAAAGUUGAUAACUUGUUUUUGGAUUUUUUUUUGGUUGGUUGGGAUUUUGGUUUUAGAGAAAUGAGAAAUGAGGAAAAACAUGCUUCUGAUGAUGGACGUGAAGAGGGUUCCUCUCAAGGAACAGUUGCUAUUACAGUUCCUAAGGUUGAAGAUUCAAUGGGAAUAACUGAAGAAUCUCCACAUGUUCAUAACUGGAAGCGGCAAAAUCUAUUCCUAGAUAUACCUUCCAGAGCAUCAGAUGAGCCCUCUCAGGAUUUUGUUGCAAUAAGGAUGCCACCAACACCAAGUCCUACUCCAAGGAAAGUAAUUUUUUCGCUGGCACAUGGUUCUACAGAUGCAAGGACUAAUGGUUCCCCAGGACCCUCUUCGUCCAGGUCAGGCAAAUCAUCUAUAAGAGGUCUCUUUCCAAAACUGAGCUUCAAGCAUCGUGGCUCUUCAGAAGUUGAUAAGGCUGACAACUCAGCUUCAGAAGGGUCAACUACAGGGCCACGAGAGAAGCCUACGAUCUCAAGGUCACUGUCUCUUACAAAGCUGUUUACACCUAGGAUGAAGAGGACAUCAUCUCUACCUGUUACUCCAAUUUUGCAUUCAAACCCGGAAUCCACACAUGGUGGAAGUGUAGAUGGCACUAUAAAUCCAGUUAAGAAAGAGGUCCAAACUCGACAGAUAUCUCGCUCACUUUCAGUCCCUGUGAUCAACAAUAAGGAAAAAACCAUGAGAAGGAUGGAUUCAUUUUUUCGUGUUAUCCCCUCCACUCCUCGAGCGAAGGAAGGAGAUGUGAUAUCAAUUGCUUCUCCAAAAGUUGAUGCUGAAAAUGAUAAUGAUGAUGGUGAAGACAUACGUGAAGAUGAAGCUGUGUGUAGAAUUUGUCUGGUUGAACUUUGUGAAGGGGGUGAAACUCUAAAGAUGGAAUGCAGCUGCAAAGGUGAACUUGCUCUGGCCCACCAAGAAUGUGCUGUGAAAUGGUUUAGUAUCAAAGGUAACAAGACCUGUGAUGUCUGCAAGCAAGAAGUUCGGAACCUUUCUGUUACUCUCUUACGAAUCCAAAGUAUAAGAACUCGAAAUUCUGGAUUGAGUAGAUCUCAGCUGGCAGAUCCUAACGGAUACAGGGUUUGGCAAGAAGUACCUGUGCUGGUCAUUGUCAGUAUGCUUGCCUACUUUUGUUUCCUUGAGCAGCUUCUGGUUGGGAAAAUGAGUACUGGAGCAAUUGCCAUAUCUCUUCCAUUUUCUUGUGUUCUUGGUCUCCUCUCAUCAAUGACCUCAUCGACCAUGGUGAAGAGAAGAUUUGUCUGGGUUUAUGCAUCUAUUCAAUUUGCUCUGGUGGUUCUCUUUGCACAUAUAUUUUACUCCUUGAUUCACGUACAAGCAGUAUUGUGUAUUCUUCUGGCAACAUUUGCUGGGCUUGGUGUUGCCAUGAGUGGGAGUUCAAUAAUUGUGGAGUUCUUGAGAUGGAAAAGAAGAUGGCAGGCUUCAUCAGAGCAGCACCCAAGUUCACAAGCAACGACAUGACAAUGCCGAAUCCCUGGAACUGUAAAUUCAGAUGGGAUAUGCCUGCUUUCCAGUCUCCUCAUGGAGUUUUAGAGGGAGUUUGAGUUGGGGGUUUUAUUAUUGGGUUUAUGUGAUUUGUUUUCUUGAACUUCAUCAAUAUAUAUAUAUAUAUAUAUAUAUAUAUAUAAGAGUUAGGACAUCGAUAAUUUUUUGUUAAUAUACCUCAAUUGAGAUGUUGUUUACCGAGAUGCUUUUAUUUGUAUGCUUCGUCAUUGUACAGGCUUUUGUUGUAGCACACAGACAAAUUUUUCAAUCAAAUGCUUAUCCAAUCUCAUUAUGUCUUAA